AUGUCUACCGCAGCCCGCCGUCGUUUGAUGCGCGACUUCAAGCGUAUGCAGACUGAUCCUCCUGCUGGCGUGUCCGCUUCUCCUAUAGCCGACAACGUCAUGACCUGGAACGCAGUGAUCAUAGGUCCGGCUGACACACCGUUCGAGGACGGCACCUUUCGCCUUGUCAUGCACUUUGAAGAAGCCUACCCGAAUAAGCCCCCGGGUGUCAAGUUCAUUAGUCAGAUGUUCCACCCGAACGUAUACGGUACAGGCGAGCUGUGUCUGGAUAUCCUGCAGAAUCGGUGGUCGCCGACGUACGACGUUGCGGCGAUUUUGACGAGUAUCCAGAGUCUGUUGAACGACCCGAACACGUCGUCGCCGGCAAACGUAGAAGCGUCGAACCUGUACAAGGAGAACCGGAAAGAGUACACAAAGCGCGUACGGGAAACGGUCGAGAAGAGCUGGGAGGACUGA